UUAUUAAUAUUGACGGUCGACGGUCGAGAAUAUUUGAAUUUGGAAUAUUCUUAUUUCUUAUUACGGUGCCUGCUGCGUGUGCUGCCUGAUGGCUGGUAGUUGAUACUGAAUUAUUCAAUUGGUUUUCUUAAGAUAGCCAUUGAUAGACACAAUUAUAUUAAUUCAUAAGGAUUAAAGUAAACUAUAGACACAUUUUAAAUAGUAUUUGUUGUGUCAUGAUUCAAGGAAAUUCUCAUUGACGUCCAAAAUGUGUAGAACAUUUAACAUCGCAGAAACAUUAAUUUUGAGUGAAGUGGUACCAGCUUAAUAUACUGUGUUCCGUGUUAAGUUUGUGAGUUAAGAAAAACCACUAUUGAUAUGUCUGAUAAUAAUGAAACACCUACCACUGGAGUAGACGAACAAGAACCAGAACUACAGACAUUGAUACGGCCUGAUUGUGGUAUAAAAGAUGUGUGGGCUCAUAAUUUAGAAGAAGAAUUUGCGUCAAUACGAAAACUAUUGCCAAAAUAUUGUUAUGUAGCCUUGGACACAGAAUUUCCUGGAGUUGUAGCUCGACCAAUCGGUGAUUUCAAGACAGCUGCCGAUUAUCUUUAUCAGUUGUUGCGAUGCAAUGUUGAUCUUUUGAGAAUUAUUCAAUUGGGCCUCUCUUUUUUUGAUGAAGACGGUAAAACACCCACUGGCCAAUUUACUACAUGGCAAUUCAAUUUCAAAUUUAAUUUGUCAGAAGACAUGUACGCUCAAGACAGCAUAGAAUUAUUGACAAAUUCCAGAAUCCAAUUUAAAAAUCAUGAAGAGAAUGGAAUCGAGCCUAUAGUUUUUGCUGAAUUUAUAAUAACAUCCGGUUUAGUUUUGAUGGAUAAUUUAAAAUGGAUGACAUUUCACAGUAGUUUUGAUUUUGGUUACUUGGUUAAAGUGUUGACAGAUGAAAAACUACCUCAGGAAGAGUCAGAGUUUUUUGAGAUGUUUUCUUUGUACUUUCCAUGUGUGUAUGACAUAAAGUACCUAAUGAAGAGCUGCAAAAACUUGAAGGGCGGUCUGCAAGAGGUCGCCGAUCAGUUAGAACUAAAGCGCAUUGGACCUCAACAUCAGGCUGGUAGCGAUUCCUUAUUAACGGGUAUGGCUUUUUUCAAAAUCAGAGAUAUGUACUUUGAGGGAAUGAUUGACAGUAAAAAAUACUGUGGUCAUUUAUACGGCUUGGGAAUUACCACUUUGAAUAAUGGUCAAUUUCGAUAUGAUAGUGAAGGGCCAUUUAAUUUGUAAAAAAAAUAAUACCAAAAAUAUUAGAUUUCUAUUUAUAUAUUUUGUACCUUAGGUCAGUUUUUUUUUUAUAACCAUCUAUAAUAAUGAUACCAAUAUUAUUAAUUUCAAUUUGAAAUAUCCAAAUGAAAAUGUUUUGUUUGCAAUUUAUUUGUUUUGUAUCAAUCUUGUAUACCAACUUUAAAUUAAGUUUGAGAAAUUAUAGUCUUAUCUUUAUUCCUUGUUCAGAAUAAGUAUGUUAAAAAAGCAAAUAAAAAUAAAAGUGGUAAAUUUAA